ACGUGGGGUGGGCAGUAAUGGCGGCCUCCGCGCUCCUCAGGGUCCGCUUCCCCUCAGGAUGUGCAGGUGUCUGCUGCAGGAUUUCCUCAGCACAAUUCAGCCCUACUUACACUCGCAAGCCAUUUAGGGAUCAACAUGUGAAAAGUAUCUUUUGGCAACGUCAAAAGCACACCUCCUAUUGCGUAGUGCAUCCAGCAAUUGUCGGACCAUCUUACCCUGUACCCAAGCACAUAAAGAAGCCAGACUAUGUGACGACAGGCAUUGUAGCCAACUGGGGAGACUGCAUCGAAAUUAAAGAUGAAGAUCAGAUUCAGGGUCUUCGUCAAGCCUGUCAGCUGGCCCGACAAACUCUGCUCUUGGCUGGAAAAAGUUUAAAGGUUGGCAUGACGACCGAGGAGGUGGACAGUAUUGUUCACCAGGAAAUAAUCAGAAAUAAUGCCUAUCCAUCACCACUGGGCUAUGGACGCUUCCCCAAAUCAGUUUGCACCUCUGUAAACAAUGUGGUAUGUCAUGGUAUACCAGACAGUCGACCCCUUCAGGAUGGAGAUAUUAUCAAUGUUGAUGUCACAGUGUAUUCUAAUGGCUACCACGGUGACACCUCUGAAACAUUCUUGGUUGGAAAUGUGGAUAAAUCUGGGCAAAAGCUCGUGGAGAUUGCCAGGCGAUGCAGGGAUGAAGCGAUUGCUGUUUGUAGGCCAGGAGCUCCACUGUAUGUAAUUGGAAACACGAUCAGCCAGAUAGCAAACUCCAAUGGACUGCAAGUUUGCCCAUAUUUCAUUGGCCAUGGGAUUGGCUCAUACUUUCAUGGACAUCCUGAGGUUUGGCAUCAUGCUAAUACAAAUGACCUGGUGAUGGAAGAGGGAAUGGCGUUUACUAUAGAACCAAUUUUGAUGGAGGGAUCACCAGAAUUUAAAAUCUUGAAGGAUGGAUGGACAGCAAUUUCCAAUGAUAAUCUUAGAUCAGCCCAGUUCGAGCACACAAUAGUAAUAACGUCAGAAGGAGCAGAAAUCCUAACCAAAUUGCCAGAGGAGCAUCAAGAGUAAACAGGAAAACAGCGGACUGGUUCCAGACACAGCAUAACUUGACUUUCUACCCAGCGGGGGUUUAAGACCACACUGUUAACCUCGCUGAUGGAAGUUGUGUUCACCGACGGAGCUUGUAUCAAAGUUUGUUAAGGAGAAUUUGUGACACUUUUCCCCAGUACAUACAUACUGUUUGACCUGUCAGAGCAGUUGAGUGAUGUUUGCUCUUUCUAACACCAUUUUAAUAAUAAAGUGUUUUGAAAAA